UAAGAAGCAAGAAGCAAGAAGCAGUAGUAGUAGCAUGGAGUGGUUUAGAACCAUAACUUAAACUGAACCUCAAUCUCCACCUUCACACCUUCCACCAUGACGGAUCGUGACCGUGAUCGAGACCGAGACCGAACUCGCGACAGAGAAAGAGAACGAAGAAGAGAUAAGGACGACCGUGAUCGCGACCGUGACCGAGCACGCAGCAAGAGAUCUCGUUCGCGUUCGCCUGACCGUGGCCGCUCCCGCCACCUGCGCUCUCCCUCUCCCAGCGAACGCUCCCACCGCCGGCGGCACCACCGGACGCCGUCCCCUGACCCGCCGCGGAAGCGCCACCGGAGAGACUCGACGGAGGAGGAGCACAAGGAGACGAAGAAAGCGGUAUCGGACUUCGUGGACGGCAUCGUGAAGGAGCAGCAGCAGAAGCAGCAGAAGGAUAACGGAGACGGAGGAGGAGAAGCUGAGGGGAACGAGGACGAGUUGGAGAUGAUGAAGAUGUUUGGGAUUCCCACCGGAUUUGACUCCACCAAGGGGAAACCGGUUCCCGGUGCUGACGUCAGCGGCGUCAGAGCCGUCACCAAGCGCCAACCGCGCCAGUAUAUGAAUCGCCGCGGCGGAUUUAAUCGCCCAUUGCCUGCUGAGAAGAAUCGCUAGGGUUUUCUUUUAUUCAGACGAGUAAUAUCCUUUGGUGGUUGUUUAAUCAUGUGGAUAUUGGAGCCAGAAACCCUUGGUGGGACCCAAAAUGAAAGCUUGCAAGCGUUCCACCAGUUACUUGUGUCGUUCAUUUAAUAUACCGUGCUACCUUCAGCUCAAUAUAUCCUGUGUAAUUGGUGUUAGGCAUGUUUCAUUUUUUACCCAUCUAAUUAUCUAGUUACAUUCAUAGAAUUUGCCAAAUUUUCAUGCGGUAUGUACAUUUAUCUGCAUGCCUUACGCCUUGGGAUGCACAUGCUUUAUGUAAUCAAGUGAUUCUAGGUGUGCGAGUUUGUUAACUCUCUGCCCUAAACUAUUAGUUUUAAUGCUUAUAUCUAUGCUGAUACACAUUUAAUGUA